AUGUCGAUAGAUUUGAUUUUGAAACCGUCGUGCGGCGGCUGUGGAUCGACCGUGGAGCUUUAUGGCAGCACCUGUAAGCACCUCACGCUUUGCGUGAAUUGUGGCAAAACUAUGGCGGAGAAUCGUGUCAAGUGCUACGAGUGCGGGACCGUCAUAACUCGCCUGAUAAGGGAGUAUAAUGUUCGGGCGUGUUCCAGUAGCGACAAAAAUUAUUUUAUUGCAAGAUUUGCCUCAGGAUUGCCGAACUUUAAGAAGAAAAAUGAAAAUAAAUGGUCGAUGCAAAAAGAAGGUCUGCAGGGGCGCCAAGUUACUGAUACCUUGAGGGAGAAGUACAAGAAUAAACCUUGGCUGCUCGAAGACGAAACAGGCCAGUUUCAAUAUCAUGGGCCGCUUGAGGGUUCACAAUCAGCGACAUAUUACCUUUUAAUGCUUCAAGGGAAGGAAUUUGUUGCUAUUCCUGCUGGUUCCUGGUACAAUUUUAACAAAGUGGCACAAUAUAAGCAACUGACUUUGGAGGAAGCAGAAGAAAAGAUGAAGAAUAGAAGGAAAACUGCUGAUGGUUAUGAGAGGUGGAUGAUGAAGGCAGCAAACAACGGACCAGCAGCGUUUGGUGAAGUUGAAAAGUUAGAUGAUCGGGAAACUGCAGCUGGUGGCGGGAGGGGACGUAAAAAGACCUCUGGGGAUGAGGAUGAGGCCAAUCUUUCAGAUAAGGGUGAUGAGGAUGAAGAAGAAGAGGCAGCAAGAAAGAGUAGACUAAAUCUCAAUAAGAAACGUGGGGAUGAUGAUGAAGAAGGUCCUAGAGGCGGUGAUCUUGACUUUGAUGAUGAUGAUAUUGAGAAGGGCGAUGAUUGGGAGCAUGAAGAAAUCUUUACUGAUGAUGAUGAAGCAGUUGGAAAUGAUCCUGAGGAACGGGAAGAUUUGGCCCCUGAAAUUCCUGCUCCUCCAGAAAUUAAGCAGGAUGAUGAGGAUGAGGAUGAAGGUGAAGAAGAAGAGGGAGGGUUGAGCAAAUCUGGAAAGGAGUUGAAGAAAUUGCUUGGGCGAGCUAAUGGGCUAAAUGAUUCAGAUGCUGAGGAUGACGACGACGAUGAUGAUACGGAAGACGAUAUCUCUCCUGUACUUGCCCCAAAGAAGGAAACACCUAAAGAAGAGCCAGUUGAUAACACCAGUCCCCUGAAAUCAACUACUUCUGCUGCUGGUCGUGGAACACCAUCUACGUCAAAGUCUUCUAAGGGCAAAAGAAAAAGUAAUGGCGAGGAAUCAAAGACAACCAAUAACGCCCCUACAAAGAAAGUGAAAACAGAACAAGAUGUAAAGCCUGUCAAAGAAGAGCCUACUUCUACAAAAAGCAGUGUACCUACUAAAGGCGUAUCACCACAAGUAUCAUCAAAAAGUGGGUCAGCACUGUCUACUGGGCCAGUCUCUGAAGAGGAAAUCAGGGUUGUGCUUAUGCAGAAGAAACCAGUAACAACACAGGAUCUCGUAGCCAAAUUCAAAUCUCGACUAAAAUUGAAAGAGGACAAGGAUGCCUUUGCAGCUAUAUUAAGAAGGAUAUCAAAGAUUCAGAAGACAAAUGGGGCCAACUAUGUUGUCCUCAGAGAGAGAUAG